CAGCGUACUUCAGCACCUUCCUAGAAUCUCCACAAAUAAUUUUCAAUUUCAACAAUUCAACUCCGUUCCUCUCAUCGGAGACUCCGUCGGAGAGAAAAAAGGAAAACAAAUCCCAAAUCAAAUCGGAGAGAGAAAUGGCUGACUCCGGCACUCAAUUCGAUGUAAUCGUCGUCGGCGCCGGCGUAAUGGGCAGUUCAACGGGGUACCAUCUCGCUAAAACAGGGAACAGAGUUCUGAUUCUCGAGCAAUUUGAUUUUCUUCAUCACAGAGGCUCUUCUCAUGGCGAAUCUCGUACCAUACGCGCCACCUAUCCAGAGGAUUACUACCAUGGCCUCGUUAUGGAAUCUUACGAGCUCUGGCGGAUGGCGGAGGCGGAAAUUGGCUACAGAGUCUAUUUUCCGGCGGAACAGCUCGAUAUUGGCCCUUCCGACGACAAAAGUCUCGCCGCCGUCGUCGACACCUGCCGAAAGCAUUCAAUCCCUCAUAUGGUCCUGGAUCGUGGGCAACUGGCGGAGAAGUACUCCGGCAGGGUAGAGAUUCCGUCAGACUGGGUGGCGGUGUGGAGCAAAUACGGCGGUGUAAUUAAGCCGACGAAGGCGGUUUCGAUGUUCCAAUGUUUGGCUUACAAAAACGGCGCCGUUUUGAAGGACAAUGCGGAAGUGGUGGAGAUUAAGAGAGAUGAGAGUAAUGGAAGAAUAGUUGUUUCAAUAGCCAAUGGGGAGAGCUUUAGUGGAAAAAAAUGUGUAGUGACAGUUGGAGCUUGGGCUAGAAAGUUAGUUAAAUCAGUUAGUCGGAUUGAAUUGCCAAUUCAGCCAUUGGAGGCUACUGUUUCCUAUUGGAGGAUCAAGGAAGGGGCCGAGGCCGAGUACGCAAUCGGAGGGGACUUUCCGACUUUUGCUAGCUAUGGCAACCCGUAUGUUUACGGGACGCCAUCGUUGGAGUUUCCAGGACUAAUUAAGGUGGCUAUGCACGGUGGGCAUCAGUGCAACCCGGAUAAGCGAUCGUGGGGCAGUGGAGGACGGCUACCGAUAUCUGCAUUGAAGGAAUGGAUAGAGGAGAGGUUUGGAGGGAGGGUGGAUUCAAGUGAUCCGAUAGCGACGCAAUUGUGUAUGUAUUCAAUGACACCGGAUGAAGACUUUGUGAUUGACUUUUUGGGAGGGGAAUUUGAAAAAGAUGUGGUGAUCGGUGGCGGGUUUUCGGGGCAUGGGUUCAAAAUGUCACCGGCGAUCGGGAGGAUACUGGCGGAGCUUGCAUUGAAAGGGGAAGCGGAGGGGGUGGAGCUGAAGUACUUUAAGAUAGCAAGGUUUGAAGAGAAUCCAAAAGGUAAUAUCAAGAGCUUUGCAGAUCAAGUAAAGCUUCUCUAGAACAGCUCCUCUGCCUUUUGAUUAAUCUCAAAGGCAUUCAUGGUUUUCUUUGUUUAAUUCUACAUUAAAUAACUCCUCAACUCUUUCUCCUACUUAGAAGUUGUAAUAGUUACAUUUUUUUUUUUAAAAUUUCAAUGUGUGGGAGUAGAUAUAAACCCAACCUCUUAAUGACAGGAAAAAUUACAAAAA